AUGGGGCAGCGAGAUUGCAGCAGAGCACCUGUCGGUCUUGCGAUGACAGUAAUAGUAGCCAACCACCCGGGGUUCGCGGUGAGGUUGAUAGUUCUGGAUAGAUCCACUGCCGGAGUUGCAGCGGUAAUGGCAGUGGAUAGAGCCACCACCGGACUUGCAGCGGAGAUGCAUUCUAAACACGAGAGGAACAAAUUACACCAGUUCUUGAUGGGUUUAAAUGAAACUUUCAAUAGUGUUCGCUCCAAUAUUUUAGCAACUGACCCACCUCUGAGCGUUAACUGUGCCUAUGCAUUCAUGAUUCAAGAAGAGAAACACCAAGCCAUGGUUAGUCAAAAGAGCAUCUCAAUACCAGAUGUUGAAGCGUUUCACACCUCUAUCUCAAAGUUUGGUAACAGUUGUCCUCGCAAUGGAAAUUCUCAUCCCAAGUACAAAUGCAACCACUAUAAAUGGCAAGGCCACACCAAAGAUCACCGUUAUGAUCUCAUUGGCUACCUUGAAGGAUGGGAGAAAGGCAAGAGCAAUCAUACUAACAAAAACACAAGGCCCAAUUCCACUACUGCUUGUGUUCAAUCAGAUCCACUUGGACCCCCCAUUGUUGGUCUUACAUUAGAACAAUAUUUCCAACUCCUAUGCCUCCUAAACACUGAAGCUUCUCAAGAAGCUAGUGUCAAUAUGACUGGUAAGACCACUACCUCCGUAUCUACUUCUGACCAAGCAUCUCACACUCAGAUUGCUUGGGGAAUGCUCUGUGACAGCAUUUAUUGUCUUCAUCCCCAUUCGCCAUCCUUUGCUCUCACAUCCAGAGCUAAUGGUUCUUAUCAACUGUGGCAUAAUAAAUUAGGCCACGCCUCUCUACAACAGCUAUCUCUUAGUCUUGGUGAUGGUUUUUCGACUCCAAUAAAGCAUGCAUGUGACGCAUGUGAACGUGAUAAGCAUUGCCGCAAUCCAUUCCCACUUAGCUCAUUUCGGGCAACUACUCCUUUUGCCCUCAUCCAUUGUGAUAUUUGGGGUGCAUAUCAUGUUCUGUCUCUAUCCGGUGCAAGAUAUUUCUUGACCAUUGUAGAUGACUUCAGUCAUUAUACUUGGAUUUAUCUCACGAAAAACAAAUUUGAGACUUAUCAGUUGCUUGUAUCCUUUUAUCACAUGGUUCGAACACAAUCCAAUGGAGAAAUUAAGGCAGUUCGUUCAGAUAAUGGCAAAGAAUUUAUGUCUGGACCCAUGCAGAUUUCAUGUGCCUACCUACAAAUUGUGUUUACUACUGCUUACACAAUUAAUUAUCUUCCCUCUACUCCUUUACAAGACAAAACACUAUAUGAAGUGCUCUUUGGAAAACCCCCUACAUAUGGGCAUUUUCGUACAUUUGGGUGUUUAUGUUAUGCCCAACACCGACCACUUUUAGGUGAUAAAUUUGUUGCUCGGACUGAUCAUUGCUUAUUCAUUGGAUAUCCUAAUGCUCAAAAGGGAUAUCAUGUCAUCCUAAACACCAAGGAGGUGUUCACAUCUUGGGAUGUAACCUUUUAUGAAGAUGUAUUUCCUUUCUUAUCUACCCCACCUAAGACCCAAAAUGAUGAAAUGCCUCGGCCCAACAACAUUGUUGUUCCAUUACCACAACUUGAUGAUGGGAUUGAUAUGGUGACACAACCCAAUAACUAG